UACAAAAGGUGGGGUCUUCCUUGUACCGAAGCUGUAAUCUAUCUUCGCGUUCGUUGAAAAUCUGUUAAUCCGUUUGAUCUAGUCGUGGAGGUACGGUCUUCCUGCAGCUGAGACAAUGAUGCAUUUACAGACUGCAGUUCUGUUUCUUCUUCCACUUGUAGCAAUAGUCAGUGCCGGGUACUAUCAGUCAAGGAUACUAACGCCUGUGAACACAGUAGGUUGUGAAGCUUAUACCUGUGGAGUUAAUGCAAGAUGCACUCACAGCGAAGGAAGAGCAGUUUGUUCAUGCAUGAAUUUGCACAUGGGCGAUCCUCUUUCAAGAUGCGUGCGAGUCGAGUGUUUGAUCAAUGAAGAUUGCAUUGGAAGCAAGGUUUGCACAAAUAAUAGAUGCAUAAAUCCUUGUGACGGUUUGUGCGGCGUAAACGCGUUAUGCGAGGUGAAGAAUCACCUUCCAACGUGUUAUUGCCCUCCUGGACAUACGGGAGAUCCUUUCACCUCGUGUCAUAUAGCUGACCCUCAGGCUGCUUGUAAACCAAGUCCGUGCGGUAUAAACACAAAAUGCGAGGUAGUGAACGAAGUACCAGUCUGUAGUUGUUCGCCAGGUUACAGAGGAUCUCCUUUGACCGGAUGCCGUCAUGAAUGCGAAAGCGAUAGCGAAUGCCCUGGUCACCUUGCUUGCUUGGCUUCCUUUAAAUGCGAAAGCCCAUGUAAAUGUGGUACGAAUGCAGAGUGUCAAGUGAUUAAUCAUCAAGCGAAAUGUACUUGUCCACAUAAUUGGCUGGGAAAUCCAUACGUAUCCUGUCGUCCUGAAUGCACGACACAUUCUGAUUGUCCCAGAAGCAAACCAGCCUGCCUCUACCAAAAAUGCUUAAAUCCUUGCGAAGGAGUAUGCGGAGUAAACGCAGACUGCAAUCUGCGCGACAUUACUCCUGUUUGUAGUUGUCCUAGACACAUGACCGGUAAUCCUUUCGUGAGUUGCAGAUUAUUUGAAGCGCGAGACUUAUGCGAACCGAAUCCAUGCGGCGUGAACGCGAUUUGCACUCCGGGCCACGACAAUACCGGAAAGGAGAGACCUGUCUGCACCUGCCCCACCGGUUACAUCGGAAAUGCAUUGACAAGCUGUCAACGAGGAGAAUGUCUUACGGAUACCGAGUGCCCUGAUAAUAAAGCUUGCAUCGAUUUCACUUGUCGGAAUCCAUGCACCGGUAAAGAAUGCGGCUCUACCGCGGUGUGUACACCUCGGCGUCACAUUGCUGUAUGCACCUGUCCAGAUGGAACACGGGGAGAUGCGCUUUAUAAUUGUAAUCUUGUUGAAAGUAGAUCUGUUUACAACUAUGGCCGAGCAUGUAGAUAUUGUUAGUCGUUCUGAAAUCAUUCUUUUGUUCAAAGUAAUCGCAAACAUAAGUGACCGGUAAUGUGCUUCAAUUAUUUAUGCGCUAGGGGUUUUGCGGUUUCUGCGGAGUACAUGUACUUUUAAGUGUAAUAUACAUAAUUAUAAAUGCAAAAUACAUUUAACUUUGAGGCUCAUAGAUUGCAGGGAUUUCAUGUAUAUUAUGUUUUUAAUUUAUUAAAGAUCAAACAAUUAUUGAA